CUUCCCAGUGCGAGCCACGAGACGGUCCAAAAAUCACAACCGUCCGAUGAACUAUACCUGAGAUACGUUCCCAAUCAUGAACUGGAGACUUUCGCUCGUACAUAGCUGUGUUUUUCAAGUCCAGAAGUGCUUCGGCCAGCGAGGAAGCUGCCAUCACAAUGAACUACCCGCUACUUUCCAAGAACUGUGGGAAGGCGCAGGCUGUUCAGCCCUGGUGUCGACUCCACGUUGUGCUCCUGCACAAUGUACCGAAGUCUCUCCAGUGGAUUCACGAUCCCUUGCCCUGCCCCCAUGUGCCACCGCCGCAUCCAUGGCACGACGUGGUCUUCAAGGAUGUGCAUCUUGGGGAGCACCGUUGCAGUGGGAAACUCCUCCCUGUACCGCUCCAUGAAGGCUGCUAUGUCUCUCUCUGAAAUAUAGCAAUUUAAAGAGAGUGUACCAUUCGAAUUUCUCUGUUACCAAGUCGAUCAAUGGCGAUGUCGUCCACAACCCCUCCAUUGAACACAUUGUGGCACUUGGCAUACUGGUUCAGGGCACUUCUCUUCAGCUAUGGCCACAAUACCAGAGCACAACACAUCAGCAGAUUCUUCCUAAAGUUUAUGCACAUGAUUCCCGACGAAAGUGCCCCCAUGGUAAGCUUGGCGUUGCACAUGUAGCUUCGCUAAUGCAGCAUCUAGGGACUUGAAACAGGGACCGUCUUUGUGUUUAAACCGUUCGGCCAACACCCGGUUCAGUGCAGUUACCUCAGCAGCCUGCAACAGACAUUGAAGGAUGGAGCUUCUUUCUUGGCAGCUGAUGCUUCCUGCUCUAUCUGCCGAACAAGAGGGCUCUGCCCAGAUCCUGGCAUUGAGAGCAGAAAGUGUGUAGCCAACUGGCCAUACAGUGUUGCCCUCUGCUGAGCUGAUUCCUGCUGCUCCUUCACCCUAGCCAAGUCUCCCAGAGCCUUCACAUGCUGUUGGUCAAGAUCCUGGCAUGCCCUCUCCAGCAGGUUGAACAGGCGAUUGAAGAUGCCAAGUGACAUGUGGAGCCCAGGAAUACAGACCUAACAGCUCUGAAGAGAGCGCAAUGGGCUAUGGCCACGUGUGCUCAGAGGGACUUUGAGCUGAUUGCUGCGGAUAGUACACCACAAACAACAGUGUCGCCCUUAGGAUGGAUAAGAAUGUUCAUUAUUAUUGUGUAUGAUUUCGGGACAGAUCAUACCAGAUGCUCCAGAAAGUCCAUACAUCACACACAAAAACUCAUAGUCCCCCGUGAAGAAGACUUGUAUUGCCCACUCUCUGUAUGUUUAGAAUUGUGAUUUUAUUAUCUCUAACACUAGCAUUACGAACCUCCAUUUCAUUCCCUGAAUCUCAAAGAUUUGUUCCCUGUACUGAUCAAGGGCAGUGUGCAGGUUGGUGGUGCUAUCUCCAGCUUGGAAGACAGCAAGGAGGGAUGUGUUGCGGGUGGAGUUUGGUUUGCUGACAUUGACCACUUGCAUGUUCAGCUUGAAGCUUCCUCGGCCCUUAUCACCUCCGAUCUUAAUCCAGACUUCAGAGGAAGGUAUUGUGCUGUCAUGCCAUGUUAGACCACUGCCAGACCUAUCACGUGUUGGUUCAAGGUGUCUGAGACUCUAGCUAUCAGCAGGGAAAGUGAAGGGUACCAUCUCAGCUGCUAUGUUGUCCCCUACAGUCUCCUUGGCUAGAGAACGCUGCUUUCUCUCACUGGCCAGCGAUAUAUGGAACAUCUUCAACCAUCUAUGUAUUUACAUACAUUCCAAGGUUUGUUCCAUGAGAUGGAGAGGUUUGCCUUCAUGGCUAGGGAGUGGUCUGCGGGGAUCUCAAUCGGAAGACAAGCCUCCUUGUGUCCCUCAGCCCCUGAACCUGCCGUACCCGACGCUGGACAGUCCGUGCACUAGCCUCAGAAGUGGAGACGAUUGCGGUGGAAACCGGGAGAAGACUCAGUGGCUAAAGGAAGUGCAUAACUCAUUACAGACACCUCUGCCUAUGGACCCGCCGUACUAGAUGCUCUGCUAGUCUCCUUUCCACUGGUUGAGUUGGAGCAGUUACUGGCCUUGCGAGGAUCUCCUGAGCACUAAUCUGUGAUGGUACCGCAUACCAACUUGAGGGCUCCCAAAAGCUCAUACACCACAGCACUAGGCAGACCGAUGCAACAGUGGGCACAAACUAAUCUACCACAGGAAAGCUCGAUGGGCUGCUUCAGGAUGUCACAGCAGAUGGGACAGAGGAGGUUCGCCACAUGUUCUGGUAGAUACUCUACCUCGUCUGUGGAGUCGACAUAGGAGGUGUGUUUUAUCCAGCAAAAUGCAUCAAUGGAGUGAUGGUAUGGUAUCCCCUUUGAGGCAGCAGUAGAUUGCCUCUUCAUGGCGGCAAAGCAUCUGUUGCAGAACAACUCCGGGUGGACAUCAGGGUCAUCAGUCCCAACAGAAAUGCCAAAUGAAGCCUCUAGCCCUUCUGUGUUGUUGGUGCAUUUGUGUACAGGAGCCCUUUUCUUGGCUCUCUGCAGCCUUCCUCCACAUACACGACAAAGAAUGUGGAGUUGGUGCACAUCUGCCAUUGCCAGACACUUCUAUUUUGUGUGUGUGUAGCUGGCUCUAAAAAAUAAGUAUCAUUUAGAUCCCUAUAUUAUUGAAUACUUCCACUCUUACCUGGUCUAUUGUAUUACAAUUAUCAAUAGAAAGCGCUUCCUG